GUAUCUGUGGCUGUUCUGUCUGUAGUUUACGAACGAACGACGAGGCGCGCAUGUCUUGUUCUUUCGUUCCAUUUUCGUGUAUUCACAAUUUUGCAAUAAAUAAUGGCCUCAAAUGUAGAUUCAAAGCACACCGAAUUAAACGGUGAGUUACAAUCGUGUCCGUGCAAAAAGUACAAAAUGGGAAAUAAUAAAGUGACUGUUGUUUUGGGUGCUCAAUGGGGUGAUGAGGGUAAAGGAAAAGUUGUGGAUUUACUUGCUUUGGAUUCAGACAUCGUUUGCCGCUGCCAGGGUGGCAACAAUGCUGGUCACACAGUGGUGGUGGAAGGCAAGGAGUUCGACUUCCAUUUGUUGCCAAGUGGCAUCAUCAACUCCAAAUGCACCUCUGUUAUUGGGAACGGCGUGGUGAUACACCUGCCUGGUCUGUUCGACGAGCUUCGGAAGAAUGAGGAGAAAGGCAUGAAGAGCUGCCAGGAACGGCUCAUCAUCUCAGACCGGGCUCAUCUGGUCCUCGACAUACACCAGCAGGUGGAUGGUCUCCAAGAGGCGGAAAAGGGGAAGAAUUCCCUGGGUACGACGAAAAAGGGCAUCGGGCCGACCUACUCGUCCAAGGCCAGUAGAAACGGCAUCAGAAUCGGGGAUCUGCUCGGGGAUUUCCAGUUAUUUGAAGAAAAGUUCAGAACUCUAGCGGAGAGCUACAAGAGAAUGUUUCCGUCCCUCGAAGUGGACGUGGAAAGUGAACUGAAGAGGUACAAGAAUUACGCCGACCAAGUACGCCCGUUAGUACGGGAUACAGUGUCGUAUUUACACAAGGAGAUUGCGAGUGGGAAGCGAGUGUUAGUCGAGGGGGCCAAUGCUGCUAUGUUGGAUAUUGAUUUUGGCACAUACCCGUACGUGACUUCGUCGAACUGCAGCAUUGGCGGCGUGUGCACCGGCCUGGGCCUGCCGCCCAGCGUGAUCGGCGACGUCCUCGGCGUGGUCAAAGCUUACACCACGCGAGUGGGCGACGGGCCUUUCCCCACGGAGCUACAUGAUGAAACCGGUCGCAUGUUACAAGAGCGUGGUCACGAGGUGGGCGUGACCACGAAGCGUGUGCGGCGCUGCGGCUGGCUGGACCUCGUCGUGGUCAGAUACACGGCCAUGGUCAAUGGAUACACGUCCCUGUGCCUAACAAAACUGGAUAUUCUGGACACGCUCAAGGAAAUCAAGAUCGGUGUGGCUUACAAACUUAACGGGAAUAAAAUCGACUAUUUCCCGUCUUCCAUGACCGAGCUGAGUAACGUUGAGGUGGAAUACGUGACAGUUCCUGGCUGGGCGUGCAGUAUAGAGGACGUGAGGACGAUGGACAAAUUGCCGGUAGCCGCCAGACAGUACGUCAAGGCGAUAGAAGACUUCCUACAGAUACCCGUAAAAUACAUCGGCGUGGGUCAGGGGCGAGAGUCCAUCAUCAACGCGGAUUAACAUUGGCAGUUAUUUACCUUUUUAUGCUAACGGCAUUAAAUUGACCUCUCAUAUUAUGCCACACAAUAUUGGGAACAUAUCCCCUUCGUUUCGUUUAUACCACGGGAAUAAUACUUUUACCGGGAAGAAUAUUACAAUUUGUCUUUCUUUGCGUAUAAGUAAGAAUGCAUAAUGUAUCUUUUGUUGAAGUUGGUCGAAUAUUGUGUGUGGGAUAAUAUGAGAUGGUACAUUUUGAAGGCAUGUACUGAAUUGCAUGGACACUUAAAAAACACAACGCUUUUGAAAUAAAUUAGGCAGUUUUUCAAAAAGAUUUUGAAACCUAUAAAUAAAUAGCUUUUCUAUGAUAUGUAAAGGCAAUUUUGUGCGAGGAUGAAGAUAUAGCUUUUAUAUGAAUACUUUUGCGUAGUCGCACACUCAUGACAUUAAUUGUUUUAUCACUCUCAUUCUAACUAUAGCCCGUUUAAGCGAUCAGUACAUGCUUACAAAAAUUGGUGUCUAAUUACUAAUAGUAGAAUUUGUUAGACCAAUAGUUUGGGAGGUAAUGACCGACUGUAUUUGGAAGGAUAAUAAUGUGAAUGUCAAUAAUUAAAAGAAUUGACACAUUUAGUGCACCUCAAAAUGUUAUAAAACUGUAAAACCAUUAUUUGAUUUUACAGAACAAACAGUUUAACACAACAUUAAUUUUUAUUCAUAAAUUUAUAUUGAGUUGUUUUAUGUACUUAAUGCAAAACAGCACGUUGAGCACUUUUGAAUUUGAAAGGGUUUGGUAAUAAAAUUAAAACCCAUUCUAAUUUAGUUAUUCCAACAUUUCAGAGUGUGCGAACAGAAUAUGUGCUGAAUUUAACUAAGCACGUGUAUUUAGGUUUACAUUAUUUCGUAGAAUUUUAACGCCAAUCACCGAUAAAACGAUUUUUACAUUGGAAUGGAAUUUAAAUAAAUAAACUGGGAGAUUUAAAGGCAAGAGUGAAUAGACAAUAUGAGUUGUUUUGUAUAUACAACUAAAGCUUUGUUAUUGAUUGCUUUCCAAUAGACCUAUUUUAAAUUUUAGAACUUCUUGGUCCACUAUCAAAAGUUGAGUAAAAGCAAUACUAUCAAGGACAAAGUCACUAUCGAUAGUCAAAUUAUCGAUACUUCGGCUACGCUAGGCUCCGAUCUUCAGAAGUAUGUCGUAACUUAUGGUUCCUUUUUGUAAUGAUAUAAGUAAUUACACCGAUAGAGGUCAAACGCACGCAAAAAUCACAUAUUGAAAAUAUUAAUUUUCUACCUCCAUAGUGUUUUUCAACGAAGUCAUGGAAUUGGUAAAGGGGAAUUAUGAAUGGUCUAAUUUGGGUUUUACAUUAAUUUAUUCAACAUUUGGUGCUUGUUUUCACUUGGUGUGAUCCUCCAAUGACGUCAGCAAUAAAAUGUUACUUAAUUACACUGUUAAUAGCAUAAUUAAUAUGAAAUAAUCGAAGUAUUAUGUGGGUACUGUUUUAGCCUGAUGUAAUAUUAUAACCAAUUUUAUAGCUAAAAUUUUAAGAUAAUGAAUUAUGCAUUUUUGGUCGCAAGUUUUCUUUUUGCUAUUAUUGUUUUUUAAUUGGUGCUGCCAGUGUCAAUUUUGAUCAUUUUUAACCGGAAAAAAAAAUAUUAAUAUUUCUUAUUUCAAUAGCACAAAUAAUUAUAGUUUAAAACGAUUUUUUAACCACCUAAUAAAAGUUUGAAUCGUUUUUAGAACUAACCUUAAUUUUCUAAAAGCUGUUAUGUGACAAAAAGGGUUUGUAAUCAUAAUUUUUUUUUAAUUUCGAAUAGGUUUAGGCGAAUGUCUCAUUCCAAAGAUCUUUUGAAAAUCUUUAGUACUUACAUUUUAGUGAUCAUAUUCGCUUAACUUUCCUGUGAGGUGUGUUUUAUGUGAUAUCUAUGUUAUAUUAAUGUAAAUAUUUCAUUACAGUUAUUAUAUGCCAAUAAAAUGGUUUAUUCUUUUA